AUGCAGUCUUCCGCCGGCAAACGCGUGCUGAGCACUCUCGCCUCCAAGAUCCACCCUCAGCUCCCCCUGUCGCCGCGAGAGUCGCAGCAACUCCUCAACUUGCUGACCAACUCCUUCCGUACUCAUCUCGACCACGCCCACCCCCUCGCCCCCUCCGAGAGCAGCCAGAGGAAACCGACACGAGAGUUGACCACCAGCCAUGGCCGACGCAAUUCCUCUCCAAACCGCCAGACGUCGUCGUACGAUUCAGCAACUCAGCACAUCGACUCCAUCUUGAACAACCCUCUUCUUGCUGUGAAGCCCCGUCGGAGAGGAUCAGGGCCGGCUGCCGUAGAUAUCAUGAGAGACCCCAUGGCUUGGUUCGUCAAUGAGAUCGCCGCAGGUUCCGCCACUCUGCCAAAGGCCGCCGUAUGUCUCGAGUACCUCGAGAAGACCACGAACCCAAGUCCCUUGAGACUUGAGAACGGAAGAUCACCAGCAACUGUACUCGCUGAAUGGCUCAAAACCAGCAACUUGGAAAACUCAAAGCAGCUUCUCGACAUGUCAAUCAAAUCGGGGCGCGGCACUCGAUUUCUAAACAGAUUGGUGGCUCUACUGCUAGCCGAGGGAGAGACCACAGCACUCUGGCGCUGGUUCAUUCGAUCAAACGAACAACGCGCAAAAGACACCGGACUAGAUGUCGCACGGAUAGCAACUUUCAAACAACAACUCCUAGCCAAGAUGGUUGUACUCUCGGCGGACAACAAAGACGUUACUAGCAGUAUGAAUGUUUUCAUGCAAGCGUUCCGCCUGCUCGAGAACGCAGGAUACGAAGCAGCUUAUGACGUGCUAAGACCUGCAGGUGGUCAUCUUGUAAAUCUGAUCAUUUCCAAUCCCGACCAUUCAAUAGCGCCGCUAUUAUACCAGAAAUUCCUGCUGUCAUCAAUCCACUGGUUUGGAGACUGGAGUCGAGCGGUCCAGUCCAUGCUCUCACUGCACCACCCGACCCAACCUAGCGCAAAACCUGGCCUCAAAUUCAUCCAGGAUCCUGCUGGCGCUAUCAAAUACUUAAACGCAUCUCGGGGUCGACGGAAUUUCCUGGUUCAGCUUUGCCUAGGGGUAGCCCGGCAGCUGAUGGAACAAGAGAAUUUCGCGGAAGCGCAGAGCGUUAUGGAGUUCACAAAAGAGCACUUCCCUGAGAUAGUUCUACCGACACAAGCGAUCGUGCAGCAGCAAACAGCAGAAGAGGAGAGGAAACAUAGAGAGAGGAGGAAUCUGGAACUACUGGAUCGCCUGGUCUUAACUUGA